AUGCCCAAGAACAGCACAACGCCGGCCUCCCGUGGUGUUGCCACAAGCACAGCGGCGACAAAGUUACCCCUGGAUGGCAUACGAGUACUUGACUUGACCAGAGUCCUGGCCGGACCGUACUGCACGCAGAUUCUCGGUGAUAUGGGAGCCGACAUCUUGAAAGUGGAGCAUCCGGUCAGGGGCGACGACACACGAUCAUGGGGCCCGCCGUAUGCACCGCGUCUUGACAACGCCGACUCGGCGAUUGCUGCAGGCGAAAGCGCUUACUAUCUCUCCGACGAGAGAGGAGCAGAGAUACUGCGUAAACUUUCUAAAAAGGUAGAUGUAGUCAUCGAGAACUACCUGCCUGGCUCGUUGAAGAAGUACGGCUUGGACUAUGAGACGCUGAGCAAAAUUAACCCUCGACUGAUCUACGCGAGCAUCACCGGUUAUGGUCAGUUUGGUCCGUACAGCAAUCGAGCUGGCUACGAUGUCAUGGUUGAAGCUGAGAUGGGACUGAUGCAUAUCACCGGCCCUCGUGAUGGGCCACCAGUCAAAGUCGGCUGCGCCGUGACCGAUCUUACGACUGGCAUGUAUGCAACUACUAGCAUCCUUGCUUCCUUGAUUGAGCGGAGCUCUUCAGACCUGGGACAGCAUCUAGAUAUUUGUCUCAGCGACUGUCAGGUUGCAACACUGUCGAACAUGGCCCAGUCUGUACUGGUAACGAAACAAAAAGAUACUGGUCGCUGGGGUACCGCGCAUCCAUCGGUGGUCCCGUAUCGAGCAUUCAAGUCAUCUGACGGUGAUGUGUUGUUCGGUGGAGGCAACGAUCGCCUGUUUGGCAUCUUGUGCGAAGGAUUGGGCCGACCCGAAUGGGCUACCGAUGAACGCUUCUCUACAAACACCGCGCGAGUUCAGCACCGCGAUGUGCUAGAGAAACAGAUAGAAGACAUCACAGUCACGAAGACUACAGAAGAGUGGCUCAAGAUCUUCGACAACACCGGACUACCGUAUGCGAAAGUAAACGAUCUCAGGGACACGAUGAAUCAUGACCACGUGAGGGCCAGGAAUAUGGUUGUAGAAAUAGAUCACCCUUCCUGCGGGCCAAUGGAGCUGAUCAACUCGCCGGUCAAAUACUCACGUUCGCAACCAACCAUCCGAGCAGCACCGCCGCUGUUAGGACAGCACACUGACGAGAUUCUAAGAAAGGAGCUAGAUCUAGACGACGCCACCAUCGCCUUGUUGAGGAACGAACAGGUUAUCAGAUAGAUGUUAUAAGGUACAUUGACACCGGCUGGUCAGCCCUCAGAAGCAACUCAGUGAUAGGUUGAGUCUUACAAGCUGCCGGUAUACAUUCUCCACAGACCGCAAG